AUGAGCGGAUCAAGUCUGACGUCGGCCACGGCGUUCUCGCCGUCGCUGGAGGCCAUCAAGUUGGCCGCCAGCAUGUACAAUGCUGCGCGCGAGGGCAACAAGACGGUGCUGAAGGAGGCUCUCGAGGAUGGGCUUCCGCCCAACUUGACGAAUGAGAAGGGAGACACCUUGUUGAUGUUGGCGGCAUACUACGGUCACGCAGACACAGUGAAGCUCCUGAUUCAACAUGGAGCGGACCCUAACAGGUUGAACGACAAGCGUCAGAGCCCUAUCGCGGGUGCCGUCUUCAAAGGCUUGGAUGCAGUGAUUGAGGUCCUCUUGGAUGGCGGUGCUGAUCCGGACUACGGCAAACCUUCGGCCAUGCAGUGUCUGUCCAUGUUCAACGCGGAGGCGAAGUGGAAGGACAAGUUCGAGUCGGCGCCAGGCCGAGGCAAGGCGAAGGCCGUUCCGCAGGACGGCGCCGAGGAACGCGCGCCUGAGAGAUUCAAGGCAUGA